AGUUGCAUUUGUUGCGCACGGACCGUUCGACUCGUCAUCGAUAUCGACUUCCUUAUCAAUCCCAGUCGGCGGAAGCUUCUAAACGAUGAGGUCACGACUCGAUCUCGAUAUAAAGUGGAACGUUUGUGGAAAGUUUAUGCUCUCUGUUCCGUUUGUGAUUUGCAGAGAAUUCCCACCUUCCGCGGAGAAUUUGCGAACAAUUCUUUCUUCUUAUCCUGCAGAAUUCUUAUCCUAUGCAGAACGGGGAUGCUCGCGAUGGGGCGCACCUUCCCUCGCCAACGUCGAUCCCUCCUUCGAACGUUCGAGUUCUGUCUUUCGGCCGGUUCACCGUGUGCUUUUGUACUCGGGCGAAGACCACCCCUGACUAAUUACCAGCAGAUCGAUAAUCAUCGAUGAGGGCCGCGCACGAGGCUCCUCGAGGCAGUCGAGCCUCGUCGGCGAACGAGUCAAUGUCGGGUGGUAUAAGGCGGCCUCCGCGAUAUACACGCGCAGGAUUCGCCUCCCCCCCCCUCCCUCCAUCUCCCUGCUGUGUUACCUGUUUGUCUCCGCAGCGACAAAGAAUCGCGCGUACCUGCGAGUCUCGAGGAGUAUAUAUAAUGUUUAUAUGACGCGGCGCGUCAUCGAGGCGAUGAAGAUCGGCCAGGACUUAUUCGCCGUGCAAAAGUCCGCAAACUUCACUGCGAACGGUGAGACGCUGUUCGGAUAAAUCGCAAGGAUGACGCACGACACGGGACUGUUUGAAUUUGAACGCGUCAAGCGCGAUUAAAUGCCCGUCCGUAACUCAGCACUCAGCCCUGACAAUUCGCAGAUUUUUAAGCAGCCCGGCGUUGUAUUUAUUAUAAAUUCGAGUGAGCGCAGUAACCCCGCCCGAGGAGGUUCACCCCGCCGUUGGAUGUAUGGGGAAAAUGGAGAAAUAUGAGAAUAUUGAGGUGGUGGGCGAAGGAAGUUACGGCGUCGUGAUGAAGUGCAGACAUCGCGAGACCGGGCAAGUGGUGGCGAUCAAGAAGUUCUGGGAGACCGAGGAGGAUCUGCAGGUGCGGAAGUUGGCCUUCCGCGAGAUUAGGAUGCUGAAGAAAUUGCGUCACGAGAAUUUGGUGAGCAUGAUCGAGGUUUUCCGCCGCAGGAAACGGCUCUACCUCGUCUUCGAGUACCUCGAUCACACCGUGCUCGACGAAUUGGAGCAGACCGACGGUGGCCUCGACUGGGGAAAGUCGAGGAAAUAUAUCUUUCAAAUACUACGAGGUCUGGACUUUUGUCACAAUCACAAAAUUAUGCAUCGUGACAUAAAGCCCGAGAACGUGCUGGUGUCGCCGAACGGUGUAAUCAAGCUCUGCGACUUUGGCUUCGCUCGCUACGUCACAGGACCCAACGAGUCCUGCACGGAUUACGUGGCGACACGGUGGUAUCGAGCACCCGAACUCCUCGUCGGCGACUCCAGGUACGGCAGAGCGAUCGACAUCUGGGCGACAGGGUGUCUUUACGCCGAGAUGAUGAGCGGCCAGCCGCUCUUCCCCGGCGAGAGCGACGUCGAUCAGCUGUACCGCAUCGCGAAAGUGUUUGGUCCUCUUUUCGGCAAGCAUCACUCGCUGAAAGGCAACGGCAGCGGCCGUGCACUUCGUCACGCAAAUCCGGACGAGCUGGUGCCGGGCGCACCGCGAUCCGGAAUGGCGGCUCUACGAAGUCUCUUCCCCACGUGGAGCUCGGUGACGGUGGAUUUCCUUGCGCAGUGCCUUCGCGCGAAUCCCGAACUCAGGCCCAAGUGCUUCACGUUGCUGCAGCACCCGUUGUUCUCGCAGGACGGCUUCGCGGACAAGUUCCUGGACGAACUGCAGAGAUUAGUCGCGAAAGAGGCCGCGAUGAAUCCGCUCGCGGCCAGGAGAACGGACACGCCCUCCAGGACCUACCGCAGCAGCAUCGGAAGGUGGCAGAUGACGCUCAUCAAGGAGAAGAGGUCGACGAACAACAGCGUCGCGGAGCCGGAGACCGCGGAGAACGAGGAGUCGUCUCGAGGCAAUCGAGUCGACCGGCCGUCGCCGGCGCAGAUCAAUCGGCCACGCGAAAUGCGUUACUGCGGCCCGAUCUCGGUGAUUCCGAACACUACGUACAUUCGCCGCUUGGAGCACAAAGGGCUCUUGAUACCGAACGCAAAGGGCUGCGUCCUGCCGGCUCUCACGUCCAAGACGAACGCCAAGAGGAAAAGGCUCGAGCCUCCGCGCGCGAAAGAUCGUUGAGAGGGACCGCGACGAGUGUGUACGAUCUUUCUUUUCGUUUCAGUAAUAUUAACGCCGAGAAAAGAGCGAAAAGUCUGUAGACAGAGGAACGCCGUCGUGCGCGCGGCACGU